CAGAGAUGCUUCCCACCAACGCCAUGAAGAAAGCAAGGAUGUCGCAGCACAAAGUGGAGGGCAUCAACCAGGAGGUGUGCUGUGUUCUCUGCAAACAGAGCGAUGACGACCCGGCACUGUUUGGAGAAAAAUUCACACUGAAGGAACCGAAGCUCUCUGUUCACUACUUCUGUUUGCUGACGGCCUGUGGAGUUCACCAGCGAGGAGAGGAGGACGAGGGCGUCUUUGGGUUCCUGGUGAAGGACAUCGAUAAGGAAGUCCGCCGCUCAAUUCGACUGUCGUGCAGCCUGUGUAAGAAGAAGGGAGCGUGUGUGGGCUGUUACGUCACGAGCUGCAGGAAGAAGGUGCAUUACCCCUGCGGGAGGAAACUCAACUUCAUCUCUCAGUUCACUGAAAACUUCCCGUCGUACUGCUCGGACCACAGCCCCUCUCAGACGGCGUGUGUGAGUGCAGACCUCACCCUGCCUCAGUCCUGCUCCGUCUGUCUGGACUCCAUCGAGCCGGUCCUCGGAUACUCCGUCCUCAAGUGUCCGUCCUGCCGACACAGCUGGUUCCACCGGGACUGUGUGCAGCGCCAGGCGCACAGUGCCGGCCUAUUCUUCUUCAGAUGCACUCUGUGUAGCAACAAGGAGGACUUCCAGCAGGAGAUGCUGAGGAUGGGAAUAUACAUCCCAGAGAGAGAUGCAUCAUGGGAGUUGGAGGCAAACGCAUACUCAGACCUGCUGGAGGUUUACGAGCAAUGUGACGCUUCGACCUGCCUCUGCAACGACGGGCGGACGCACUCCUACAAGAGCGGUUGGUUUGAGGUGAUCCGCUGCCGGCUGUGUGGCUCCACAGGGACUCACAGGAAGUGUUCGGGGCUGAAGGUGGACGCCACAGACUGGGCCUGCAGCGGCUGCACGCAGGCCACCGACGGGAGAGCCUCCCUGGCUACGACGCCUCAGGGACGUCAGAGGAAGAGUCAGCUGUCCAAACGCCAAUUGACCCCCAUCAGCUCUAAAAGCCGCUUGCUGUCUGGAGGGUCCCCGGAGCAGAUUCUGCAGGCGUUGGGCCCUCAGCUGCGGCCCCUCAGUGUGACGCUGGAGGUGGAGGGAGAUCAGGCUCUGUCUGCGGGGCUGGAGCUGGUGAGGAAGCCCGACUUCGACCCCACACACACUCUGUCUGUCAGGUUCAAAGACUCCCUUCAGAUUUCAUUUCCCAGCAGCCUCCAGGACAGUGAGAUGGCGAAGCAGCACUUCCUGAAGCUGCUGGUUCAGCAGAUCCAGGACUCUGAAGUGUUCGAGGGUCCUGAGGGGUCCAAAAACCUGGCGCUGGACUCCAAGGCUCUGCGUGACGACCUGUACUUUGACGCUGGCUGCCUGCUCGCUCUCUCUCUGGUUCACGGUUCUCCCGUCAGUUUCUUCUCCCGCGCUCUGUUCCAGUGUCUGUUCAACUACCCGCCCAACCAACCACUGUCCGUCAAACACAUGACGCCCUACACACACGUCACCUGCCAGGUCAGCAGGAUCGCAGAAGCAGAGACUUUAGACGAUGUGAAAGACGUCUUGGAGGAGAGCUGGGAGUUCAUGGAGUUAGCCGGCUGUAACCGACCAAUCAGCAGGCUGCAGGAGAGAGAGGCUCUGGUGGAGGACCUGGUCAGCUUCAUGAUGAUCACCAGGUUGCAGCUUCCCCUGCAGAGGUUUCGGGAGGGUCUGCAGACUUUGGGUGUCUUUGAUCAGGUGCAGCUCUUCCCGGCGGUGUUCCUCAGUGUUUUCUGCGACACAGCGGUUCGACUCACGGCUCAAACGGUGGAUCAGAUCUUCACCGUGAACUUCUCUGAGCAGGAGGAGAGGCUGAGCCGAGAGAAGCCCGUCGUCGCCUUCUGGAGAAACUUCCUGCAGGACUGUGAAGAUGGAAAGACCUCCAUCUCCCUGCAGGACCUCCUUAGUUUCUCCACAGGAUCUGAGGACCUCCCAGUAUCUGUCCUCCUCCCUCCUCCCUCCAUCUCCUUCCUCCACCCUGUCGAGGCUUGGAGAGGAGAGAGCUCCAGGAUCAGAAAAAGGAAGGAGGUGUGCAGGGACCAGGGGCUUUUCCCUCAGAGCCAACCCGCCUCCAAACACCUCCUGCUGCCCAUCUCCUCCUCAUACCAGGCCUUCAAGAGCUCCAUGGAGCAGGUCAUCAGCCACCAUGUGCACCUCCUCCCCACGGAGAGCUAGAGGAGGAAGCACUCUCCUUUGACCCCCUAAUGAAGCUCCUAGGAGGUGUUCAUAUCCAAAGCAGAGCCUCAUAUCAUGUGUCGUGUUAUUUCACCUGCAGGUAGCAUUACAACUCACUUUGAACCUGCUCUUGCCUUCAACGUCUAUCUUUGAUACGAUCCAUUGAAUUAACACUUUAACCCGUUUUGUUGCUGAAUAUCUUCUCUGUUUUCUAGUGUUGAAGAUAAUGGUGCUGCUUUUUAUUCUUUCUUUGUAGAUUUGUAAUGAUGGUUGUUCCGGAUGAGAUUCCCACCGUUUGCUUGUUUGUCUUGUUUUUCUAUCGCUUCUUAUUUCAGGAGUAAAAGGUAACAAAUGUGUGAAGUUGGUCAGAUUCAGAUUCAGAGCCAUACG